GUGGAAGACUGGACGGAUACGGUAGAAGAACCUUUGAGCUCAGACGUGGUGUAUACUGACACCUCCAUGGAACCAUUUGCUAAUAUGAUCUACAACAAGACGCUGAAUUUUGGCUGCUCAUUUCUAUUCUGUAACGAAACGAGCAAAGUUGCUCUUGCGUGCGUGUACGAUAAAAGGCCAACGGAAGGUGAACCGCUUUACUGGGCAGAUUCGAAAAAUAAUGCUGGAUGUCAAAAACCUGGACCCUGCAAGAAAGUUAUCAAAGGAACAGAUGUGAAUUGCGAUACAACCUACGGACUUUGUGAUCAGGAUCCCGCUACUACCACUAAUGCUAUAAUCAAAACUACUCCACAAGCAGCAAAUACAAUAGUCUCGACAGACGAAGAUGACGGAUGGGUUGUAGUCGUAGAGGCACGUUGA